AUGACCUCCGGGAGACUCUUUGAACACUUCAUCCGAACCGAUUUUACAUGGAGUGAUUAUAACCACAUUAUAAUCAAUCAACAAACCCAAAUCAAACAACACCUGAUCAAUUUCCUAGAUUUUGUUCAUGUUUUCACUUUAAGAUUACUCAAAUUCUUUUCUGUUUCUACAGGAAACCCACCUUUGGUUGUAUCUCGCGGUGGCUUUUCAGGGCUCUUUCCUGAUUCAAGUGAACUUGCCUAUAAAUGGUCCGGACUUCUAAGUUUACCCAAUUCAUCCUACUGGUGUGAUCUGCAGCUGACAAAAGAUGGUGCUGGUAUUUGUUUUCCGGAUCUCAUACUGCAAGAAAAAACUGAUAUUGCAACUGUUUUCCCAAAUAAGAACUCUACAUACACUGUUAAUGGUGUAUCUGUUCAAGGAUGGUUUUCUCUUGACUUUACCCGCAGAGAUUUAUCAAACAUCACUUUAACCCAGAACAUUGUAUAUCGACCUGAAUUGUUUAAUAAUAUAUGGACAAUUCUUACGGUUCAAGAGGUGGUUAAGUUAAGGACCGGGCAAGGACUAUGGCUGAACAUUCAACAUGCUGCAUUCUUCAGCCAAAACAAGUUAAGUAUGAGAAACUUUACGCUUUCCUUACUGAGAACUGCUAUAGUGGACUACAUCUCUUCGCCAGAGGUCAGCUUCUUGAGUAGCAUAGUAGCCCGCAAACCCACAAGAACAAAGCUUGUUUUCAGAUUUCUUGAAAAGGAUGGCAUUGAGCCUUCAACCAAUCAAACUUAUGGUACUUUGUUGGGAAAUCUUACAUUCAUAAAGACAUUUGCUUCCGGGAUUCUUGUUCCUAAGGGCUACAUAUGGCCUCUAGAUACUGAUCAAUAUCUACUGCCGAGUACUUCGCUUGUUUCUGAUGCUCACACAGCCGGUCUUCAAGUAUUUGCAGCAGAUUUUGCUCAUGACAUUAAUUUCAUACCUUAUAAUUUCAGUUAUGACCCUGUUCUUGAAUAUUUGUCAUUUAUUGACAAUGGCAUCUUCUCCGUUGAUGGUGUGCUUUCUGAUUUUCCAAUAAUUUCAUCUGCGGCCAUAGAUUGUUUCUCUCAUAUAGGCAAAAAUGCUUCUGAACAAGAAAAGCCUUUGGUCAUCACAUUAGGUGGAUCAAGUGGAGACUUUGCUUCUUGUACUGACUUGGCAUAUCAGAAAGCCAUUAUGGAUGGUGCAGAUAUAAUUGAUUGCCCAGUUCAAAUGACAAAGGAUGGAAUUCCAAUUUGCUUAACUAACAUAGAUCUUACAAUGACAAGUGAUGCUUCUUCUACUAUGACCAAUUUGAUAACAAAUAUCGAAGAAAUCGGACUACAAGAUGGAAUACCAACUUUCAAUGUCACAUGGAGAGACAUACAGAAACUAAAGCCCUUUUUGGCAAGCCCUUAUCAAGGAGCCUCGUUAUUUCGAAACCCAAGAUACAGAGAUGCUGGAAACUUCAUGACACUGUCUGAUUUUCUGAAUGUUGCUGAGAGUUCCAGCAACGGUUCUGGUGUACUGAUUGUUAUAGGGUAUGCUCCCUACCUUGCUCAAAAACAGGGGAUUGAUGUAAUUGGUGCAGUUCUCAAUACCCUAGCCAGUUCAAGUUACACAAAAACAUCCAAGAGAGUUCUUAUUCAGUCAUCAAGCAGCUCUGUUCUCACCAAAAUCAAGGAGAAUAAUACCUCUUAUGAACUUGUCUACAGAAUAGAAAAUCCCAUUAGCGACGCCGAUAAUUCCUCCAUUAUGAAUAUCAAGAGGUUCGCAAAUGCUGUCGUUAUAGGCAAGUCAUCUGUUUUCCCCGAUGUUCAAUUGUACCUCACUGGUAUGACGGUUGUCGUGCAAAAGAUGCAUGCGUUUGGCUUGAAUGUCUACGUACGUACGUUCAGAAACGAGUUCGUUUCACAAGUGGGGGACUUCUUUUCCGAUCCAACGGUUGAGAUCAACACAUAUACUUUGGUUGGUGAGAUUGAUGGCGUGAUUACAGAGUUCCCUGCUACUGCAGUUAGAUACAAACAUAAUCGAUGCCUGAAAAUGGGCACAAAGCUGCCGCCUUACAUGAGCCCAAUUGUACCAGGCAAUCUAAAGCAGCUGAUUCCUCCCAAAAAUAUGCCAUCUGAUGCACCACCUAGCCCUGUCUUGAGUGAAGCUGAUGUGGCUGAGCCGCCUUUUCCACCUGUCACUGUCACCAAUCCCCCGCCGCCACCACCUGGAAACACUUCCAACCCACGACAAAAUGGGCAGCCGAGAAUGGUAGCCAGAACCAUUCUCGUUUCUUGCAUUGCUGUAUUCUCGACAGUUCUUGCCUUGUUUUGAGAAGCGCAUUUCUGAAAGAAAAAAAAAUACAUUCUAUUGAGUUUGUUCAGGGUUUCUAUUGAAAAUACAUUCUUACCACAUGUGUUGUUAAAUGGUAAUUUUUUUUUUUGUGUAAAAAAAUAAGUUGAAUAAUAUACUUCAUUGCAUUAGCUUGUAAUUAUUGUUCCUUAACAUGCAAAGUUUAUAAACAUUAAUUAAAUUGUUCAUAUAUUUUAUCUGAAUGAUGCAUUUUGGUAAGAUUGCAUAUGAAUUUGGA